GCUUGUGCGGAAGUUGUGCGGCUCACUGAAGGAAUGCGAAACUUGGAGCUUACUGAAGCUGCCACAAGAAAGCUUUCUGGUGCAAAGAAGAGAUUCGAACGAGCUCGUGAAAGAGCAACAGAUGCCUUUUCAAAUGAAGCAUUAUCAACAACUGACCGCAUCUUAGCAAUGCAGUACCGAGUGAUGGCAACAGUAUUAGAGACAAUUGACAAUCCAUCGGAUGCUUUAGCACCGUGUAAAGUGUGUAUUAAAGAGCUAAACGGUCUGCCAGUGGUUCAGCGAAGCUUUAAAGUACAGCUCAAGACAGGAAUCAGUGCGGUGAUGGGUUGGUUUUACCGAGAAGAACGAGUAAAAAUCAUUUCAGGUGUCUAUCGCGUCAAUCGUGUUGCCUACGAUGUCUCACAAGCGAUAUGCAGCAAAGGGCUUCUAUUUCUGGAAUGGCCCAAUGUCGAUACAGGAGAGGAGAAAGUUGACUUACUGCAUGACGGGAGAGUAGCUCUAUUGCAACGUGAACAAGAUAUGGAGUACUGUGAUCUAUCAUGGACAAUUGGUCAGGAUGGUGAAAAGGAGCAAAGGAUGAAAAAUCUUCUAGAUAUCGCUACCAACUCAAGCGGGCAAUAUAUUGUAGCCGACCAUAAAUUGACAAUCAAGGUGUUUGGCAAUAGUGGCAAGCUUAUGAAGUGUUUCAGACUUCCUCCUCUCAUUGAUGACAAUAGAAGAAAACUAUUGAUUGAUAUCCAUUGGGUUCAGCUGGCCACGGACAUGAAUGACAACAUUUAUGUCCUGGUUAGAGAAUGUAGUCAUAAGGACUCACACUGGAUUUUUAUGUUUAAUAAAACGGCUGACCAGCAUCACAGGUUUUGUUUCAGGACAAUGAGCUCCGACUUUGACCUGUGUAAACUGUCAGUCAGUGAUAGUGGUAAAGUGGUGGUACUGAAGGGUGACUGGAGAAAGAAACAUUAUAUUGUGGAUGUUUAUGAGACUGAUGGUCGCUUCGUUCGCAGUUUUGGAAAGCAAAAUUUGCAGUGCCCACGAGACAUCACCUCUGUAAGUGAUCGCAGAGUUAUGGUGGUGGACGAAAUUCCUUCCCACUGUGUGCACAUAUUUAGCGAAUGCGGUGACUAUCUGAGCAAGUUUGAUCUCAAUGGGUUUCUGCACUUUCCAAAGAUUGCAUUUCACAGGGAAAGUCAACAAGUCGUCUUGGCUAGUACUGACGAUGAUAAGGAGCUCUCAUGUUUUGAAAUAUACACCAAAGAUGGUGAGUUUGUACGAAGCGUUUUUGUUUACAAUAUUGGCUAUACCCUGAGUGCAAUUGCAGUGAGCCUUGAUGGACGCAUUGCAGCUCUAGGAACUCCGUUUGUCAAGCAGUAUAACGAACUUAGAUAUGACUUUACGAGAUAUGGAUCGAUUGUAGUAUUAUAGUAGUUUGGGGUAAGAGCGCAGUUUCGAAAAAACUGCGCUCUAACCACCCGACUACUACUCUACCGGAAGAUAUGCGUCAUUUAUAUGUCACGCCAUCAUUUUUGUUUGUAAUAUAUUGAAGGAGUGUGUCCGUUGCUACCAUGUGACAUUAUCACAUCAUGGUUAUAAUAUGGUGAAAAUGUCUGAUGUUUCAUGUCACUGUGGUUAUGAUAUAUUGACAUCAUCUUAUUGUUAUUAUUAUACAUUCAACUGGCUAUCUCUUUUCUGAUUGGCCAAAGGCGUAGAGUGGAUUUUCGAAAUCAGUGCCUGGGACGUCGUCUAGCUGUAGAUUAUACAAUAAUCAUGUUAAGGACACUCAAGAUCACGAGUAAUCAUGUCAUGUAUGACCGCGAUGCAUGAUUUCUAAGGGUAACGGUAUCAAGUUCGCGCGCUUUGUGUUGCCUGCUGAUUUGUAUAUUUUUACACGUUUAGAAAUAAAUUAUCAGGUCCACUUACUAUCGUGACCUUUUUUUGGGGGUUAUUACAAAGCCGAAGGCUUUGGCUGAUAACCCCUACCUCAACCUUGAUUAAUCUGGAUAUGACAAAAGCCUCAGCCAAUAACUGUUUAUAAUAUAUUAAAAAUUAUAUAUUUUUAGUUUAUGAAUAAUUAUUAUGAUUAUACAGAUCCUUUCAUUGAUUACUCGGAAUUAAAAGAUGCUGUUUUCAUUGAUGGUAAAAAUAAUGUCAAAACAAUUAAUGAAGAAACUAAAGAAGAAGCAGCUAAAUUAUUUCAAGAAAUAUUAGAUGAAUUAAAAAGACCCAAACUUACGAAAAAUACUAUAAAUUUCUAACUUAAAUACAUACAAUGAAUUGUAGUGAAGAAAUACAUGGUUAUAGAGAUGAAGUUAUCUGUCCAUUUUGUAAUGGACAGAUUAAAGAAAGAGUCGUUAGGAUUGUACCAUGUUGUCCGGAAAUGAAAAUUAAAAUAAAAUAAAAAUAAAAAAUAUGUCUGUAUUAAAAAUGUGGUCAAAUUGAUGGAUAUGAGCAUGACAAUAAAUUUAUUAAUUUUCAUGAAAAUAGAUAUAGAUUUGCAAGAAAGUCUGAAUAUUAUAGAGAGUAUUAUGAUAUAAAAGUAAUUCAUGGUGUUACAAGGGAACAUCAAUUAACAACAAAAAAUCAAGAGAAGAUAUUUAAAAUUUUUUAACUAAUCGGUAAAACUAUUCCCAAAAUGCAUGAAAAAGGAAGGAGAAGGAUUAAUACACAUUAUAUGCUUAGAAAAUACAGGAAUGUUCAUCAUGCUGUUAUAUUUGAAUUGAAUGAUGUUCCCUUUAGAAUUGGAAAACAUUGCUGAUACUCUAAGGUUUUUGUAGAAAAGAAUACAAUAAAACUCAAGGAAAGUCACUGUUUUAAAUUCAUUGCACCGGAAAGAUAAACGAGUAGAGAGUGGAAAUAAUUUGGCCUAUCUAUACACUGCAAGAGUCUUUCGUCACGCAGUAGAUCGACCUCGUGAUUAUAUGACCACAUUGGUUUGUUUAUUUGAUCGUCCCAGUUGUUUUCUUAAAUAUAACCACUCCUAAAACUGUCUCGAAGCCCUCACACAGUGCAAGAGACGGGAUAUAAUUAAAUUUAAUUGAACUUGGAAAAGGCUAUUAAAUUAAAGGUAACCUUUUGGUUUAAUGAACCUUUUUAUUUCUUUAUUAUCAAACCUGUGAGGUAAACGUUUGAGCGAAAAAAGAAAAAAAAACUUCUCAAACAAUCUUUAAAAUGUCGGUGAUUUCGACAAAGUUUUAUCUCAAACGAUUAUUACUGACAUCUUUGAUGGAGGCCUAGUCUAACGAGAAAUACAUGCAGUAACUUAGUUAUGAGUUGCCCCCUCAUUAUUUCCUGUCAUCUCUGACUUUGUUCGAUAAAGACAAAUCUUUCGUUACCCUUUUAAAACAAUUCUGAGUUGAUAAACGCCACGAAAUACAAAAAUGAAUGGUCAUUGUGAUUUUUUUUAGUUUUUUAUCAGUUUGAAUUCAUCUUGUGAGUCACGGUACAGUUAUUGUCAUCGUGUGAGUAUUCACAUAUAUUAAGUUUCCAAUCGACGAUCAGGUUUAAAACUGUUUAUUUCUGUUGUGACAUAUUUAUAGCUUCUGAUGGACUGUUAUCAUUCUUGGACAUGCAUAAAAGCUGGUACUGAUUUUGACCUGCUUCUUUGACUGUUUCGCCCCAUUUGAUUUGCCUCCUGAUAUAUGUUUUAAUUCGUUGAUUCGUUCUCUUUGCAGUUGAUGAUGUUUGGGUUAUAUUCGAAGACAACUUCUUUAAUCUCAAGGGUUACACGGCCCAGUUUUUAAGCCAAGUAGAAAGAGGAGACUAGAAUGAAUAUGAAAAUAAAUUAAACUUUUAGAUCUAUGGAGCUUCAGUACACCUCUUAAGAAUUUCAAGAGCUGCACAAUGGACAUAACGAUAAGUUUUUUCCGGCAGUUUGGCCAUGAUUACCCAACUGUAGCAGAGCCACCAGUCAUUCCCUUAAUUUCUGAAAUACCAACGCGUAUAGCAAAUAUGAGAGUAGUGUGAAGAUUGGUGAUAAGUUGAAGGUGUAGCUCAGUAAAUUCAUUCCUCGAGUCUACAGAGCCUUGGUAGAGGUAAGAGGCGAGAGGCGAGAGGUGAUUAUGACUUGGGCUUUAUACAAAGGAGAACCCCUUCCGUCGGUGGAAAGUUUCAGUCGCAACGCAGUUUAUGUUAUAAAGCAGAGACAAAACAUAUCAUCUAAAGCAGUUGACCUCUUAAUCGUUAUCCAAUCCCCGAGGUCAAAAAUACUUUAAAAACAUUUUUAACCUAACAUAAUUAAUCUGAUUGCUUCCUUCGUUAUCGGUAAUGUUCUCCAAUCCCUGCCGGCGUUUGUAUCUUCGCUUUUUCCUUGUUGAGGUUUCUGUUAAUUGCUUCUGAAUCUGAAACACCUGCCUAAGCUGCAAACGAACGGGAUCGUGCAAUGUAACUUUCCGACUUCAAAAUAAAACGACCAUUAUUUCGGUUUUGAGGUCAAAAGUAGAACAUCAUGUGGGGCGGGACUGCAGAUCGAGAAAAAUUGGUCGACGACAGUGAACUGCAGAUUGAUGAAGUACGUUAAAAUUGGAAAUAUACAUUGAAGCAUUUAAACAUUUAUGGGCUUUGAAACAUAUGAGUCACGUUGAGGUGCUCCUCCUCCUUCCUGAAAGAAAGAAUAGCGUUCAUAACCAAAUGACAGACUAGAAAAUGAUUAGAUGCACUUAAGAACAUAUGCCUCGAAGAACUCACUUUGAAAGAUAACUAUUUUUUUUGGUGUUGGGUACAAGAUAAUUUUAUCUUCAAUUUAAAUUGAACUCAUGGAGAUCAAAAACAAGUUUUAUAGGAAUUUAAGAGCUUUUGAAAUAACUUAUCGUAUGGAACCAAGAGAAUAUAAACUGCUUAUGAUCUCUCGAUGGAACAGUUUCGAAUUAACACAAGAAACAAAUCAAUAAUUAGAUUAAUGAAAAAAUGAAAGCUUAUUUCAAGAAAACAGAACAUGAACCUCACCAAACGAACAAGGAAAUAAUUUGCCGAGAACAGUACAUGGAGAGGCUCUUUUCUUUUUUUUUUUUUUUCUUGAAACUGUCUAGACUUGCCUUUUCAUUUUUAACAUCAUGGCCUUCCUUUCGCUUUUUUUUUUUUUUUGUUUAUUGGUUCCUUUAUUUUCAAAUUUUAUUUCAUUUCACUGCCUCUUAUCUCCCCACUCCAAACUCUUCAAUCCACAAUCACAACCGAAACAUCUAUCGCACCGGUGUAUUAACUAAUUAAACCGCAGUGUUGACCUUGGUUUCGAGUGACACAACGGGCUGCGCUGCAGAUGAACACAACUGCCAAUAGUGUUGCUGACGGCUGAGGAAUUCGAUAAUCCUAAUGUUACACUCAUUUGCUGUAGUCAAGGAACUUCUAUCGAGUCCCAUUAAAAACGUAUUCUUCCUCUGAUUUUCCUCAAUUGCUAUCAUGGCCGUGAUCCCCAUUGCAGUUUUUCAAGCGACUUUUGGAUGGCUUGUGCAUAAAAGCAGAGAUGAAGCAGUCGAAAAGCUAAGCGAUGUAACACAUAAACAAUUUCGUAACAUCAUCAUGAGUGAAAUCGACGACAUGAGCUCCAAGUUGGAUGGAUUAUCAAGAAAAGAUUUGCUAGCAAGUAUCAGCUUCUUUAGAGAAGGAAUCGAGUUGUUGUAUGAAGGAUUUGACGAGACAAGGUCAAAGAGUGAGUUUGGCGCGGAUACAGCACAAGCGACUUGUGCGGAAGUUGUGUCGCUUGCUGAAAGAAUGCGAAAUUUGGAGCUUACUGAAUCUGCCACAAGAAAGCUUUCUACUGCGAAGAAGAGAUUCAAACGUGCCCGUGAAAUGGCAACAAUUGCAUUUUCAAAUGAAGCACUAUCAACAACUGACCGCAUUUUAGCAAUGCAGUACCGAGUGAUGGCAACAGUAUUAGAGGCAAUAGAGAAUCCAUCCGAUGCUGUAGCACCGUGUAAAGUAUGUAUUAAAGAGCUAAACGGUCUUCCAACGGUUCAGCAAAGCUUUAAAGUACAGCUCAAGACAGGAAUCAGUGCGGUGAUGGGUUUGUUUUACCAAGAAGAACGAGUAAAAAUCAUUUCCGGUGUCUGUCGCGUCAAUCGUGUCGCCUUCGAUGUCACACAAGCUAUAUGCAGCAGAGGGCUUCUACUCCUGGAGUGGCCCAAUGUCGAUACAGGAGAUGAGAAAGUUGACUUACUGCAUGACAGGAGACUGGCUCUAUUACUGCGUGAACAAGGUAUGGAGCAGUGUGAUCUAUCAUGGACAAUUGGUCAGGAUGGUGAAAAGGAGCACAGGAUAAAAAAUCCACUAGAUAUCGCUACCAACUCAAGCGGGCAAUAUAUUGUAGCCGACUAUGACUUGACAAUCAAGGCGUUUGACAAUAGUGGCAAAUUUGUGAAGUGUUUCAGACUUCCUCCUUUUAUUGAUGACAAUGGUAAAGAGCUAUCUACGGAAAACUGGAAGGUUAAACUGGCGACAGACAUAAACGACGACAUUUAUGUGCUGGUUGAAGAAAAGAAUCAUCAGCGUUGGAUUUUUAAGUUCGAUAAAGCCGCUGACCAGUAUCACAAGUUUCGCGAGAGGACAAUGGACCUCGAGUGUAAUCUGUGUAAACUGUCAGUUAGUGAUAGUGGCAAAGUGAUGGUAUUGAAUGGCAAUUAUACAAAGGACUAUCAUUUUGUGGAUCUAUACGAGACUGAUGGUCAGUUUGUUUGCAGUUUUGGAGAACAAAAUUUGAAGAGCCCGCGAGACAUCAGCACUGUAAGUGAUGGCAGAGUUAUGGUGGUGGACCAAACGCCUUCCCACUGUGUACACAUAUUUAGCGAACUCGGUGAUCAUCUAAGUAAGUUU